GCGUGCGGUGGGAUUGGCCAACCCUAUCCACCAAUCCCUCGUCCGCCUCGAGCCCGGCAUCCCUCCUUCCCUGCGCGCUCGGCCGGCUCCGGCAGCAGCCGCCUCCUCUCUUCUUCACCUCCGGCGGCUAGCGCGGUGUAGGGAGCGUCGAGCGCCACCGCGCAUAUGGCAGCGGCGACAGUCAGGACGCUCGCCCUCGGCCAGGAAUGCGGCGGGCAUGGCCGCUCCUCUCCUCCCGAUUCGCCUCCUCUUCUUCGUGCGCGGCGAACGCGGCAGCCAUGGCCGCUCCUCUCCUCCCGAUUCGCCUCCUCUUCUUCGUGCGCGGCGGCCGCUGCAGCUCCUCGUGCUGCCCUCCAUCCAUCCCGCCCCUCUUGUUUUCAUCCUCUCUCAGAUCGGGCGCCGUCCCUCGCCGUGGUUCCAGAUCGGGGUGGAGGUCGCCGCCAUUGAGGAGCAGGGGAGGGCGAGGCCUGGAGCUCCACCGGCAGCGCGCGCUACACUGGUCAUCUUCUCCUACCCACGUAAACAGCGAGCAGAGGCGUAAUCACGCAGGUGCCAGGGAUCAUACAAUCAAUCCAAUUGUUACCCUUGGUGUGCUUUCUGGAUGGACUAAUCUGAAGAUGCUGGCUAGCGUGCAUCGCCAUCAUAUAGUCGAGCAAGGUCAAGGGGAAAAUAAAGGCGAUUCACCAUCUGGGGAAAAUACCAACUAAUACAUUUUUGUAGUUCCUCUGUUACAGAGGUUGCUGCUGCAAGGUGCAGCAGCAGGGGAGAGGAAGGAGGCCUGUGAUAGGGGGAAAGUGCAGGCUGGCCCUUGUUCAUAGGUUAGCCAUUGGAUCUGGAUACUCAUGUUAAAAUUGCAAGGUAUAUGAACCAAAACUUUUGUAUAUUAACUUAGUUAUUAAGAGAAAAAUAGUCAGCAACUAUUUUAUGUUCAUAUGUAUUCUCCACAGUUUCCACAUGUAGAUUUUAUUGUUUGAAGGCAAAGUAAAUUGCAGCAUGAGCAUAAAGACAAUUUAGCCGGGGGCACCUAAACUGAGAGGGAGGUUAGCAGCAAAAGAAAGACCGCUACUUAGGCUUCCAUGUCUCCCUACUCUUCAGUUUAGACCUCCGAAGGUCGAAGGUAAACAAUACGUGAGCCCAACUUUUCAGAUUCCAGUAAUCGAACAUAUAAACGCUGCUAGAGUACCCGCCAUUCCAGUGCCAUCCCUCGCGCGCAACGAUCUGGAUCGCACGUUUUGCCACUGUGUAAAGAUUUUGGUCCUUCUUAACUGGCUGUCAAACAUCCGACCGUCUGUUUUGCUUCACGUCAUGCCUUUCCAGUUGGGUGGAUGAUGCCUGGGCCAGCCAUCUGGGUGGGACCGAGUUGCAGUGUGCGUUGCUGAAUGAGUUUGGGUGAAAAAAAGGGUGGAUCGUGCUAUGCGCGGUGAAAAUCCCAAUCCCUCGUCCCUCCUCUUCUCGAGAGAGAAGAUGAGGGAGAGAGAGAAUGUAGGAUAGGAGGGACAAAGAGAGGACAAUGGAGAGGGAGGUGCAGCGCCGGGAUAAG